GUGUGUGUGUGAAGGGGGGCGUUUGGAGUAGGUCAAACUCUGGAGUCAGGGCAAAGCCUUGGAGAAAUAUUCUUUUAAAAAGUCAUUGCCAUGAGAGUUGAACAGGAUUUUGAACAUGGGGAAACGUCUGAAAACUCGAGCCAAAUGCUGCUUAACCAGCUCAGAGAAAUUACUGGCAUUCAGGAUCUGCAGGUUCUCCAGAGCGCCCUGAACGCUAGUCAAGGUGACAUCAGCCAUGCCAUUGGGCUACUGACCACCCAGCCCCCAGAAGAGGAGCACAUGCCCGAAGAACCAACUAAAGCCAAUAAUGAGAGGAACACCUCCAAUACACAGAACGGUGCUGCUAAAGAUGAUCUGCAGACCGCCAUUGAGCUUAGUCUUCAGGAGUCACAGCAGGCCGAAGUGGAGCAGAGAGAGCUGCACAGGGCUCUUGAGGUUAGUGCAGAAGAGAAUGCGGCCUGCGUGAAAAGAAAGAGGUGUGAGGGGUCUGGAGAGAGCUGCAGCCCUGCUGACUGGAUCCGACAAGAGGACUGUCCUGUGGGCAUCCGUAAUGUGGGAAAUACUUGCUGGUUCAGCGCUGUCAUUCAGUCUCUGUUCCAUCUGCCGGUGUUUCGUAGACUGGUCCUCAAUUACUGCCUGUCUGAGCGUGUGCUGGAGAAAUGCAAGAGUCAUUCAGAGAAAAGAAACAUUGCCUUCAUGCAGGAGUUGCGUUGCCUGUUUGCUCUGAUGGUGGGCUCAAACCGUAGGUUUGUAGACCCCUCUGCAGCAGUCGAGCUUCUCAGGGAUGCAUUUAGAACCAGUGAGGCACAACAGGAUGUCAGUGAAUUCACACACAAGUUGCUUGACUGGCUCGAGGAUGCAUUCCAGCUGGCUGCUAAUGGAAAUAACCCAGAGGAUAAACAAAACAACCCCAUGGUCCAGCUGUUUUAUGGCACAUUUGUGGCUGAGAGACUUCAUGAAGAAAAGAUUGUGUCCAACAUUGAGCAAUUUGGACAAUACCCUCUCCAAGUGAAUGGCUUCAAUAAUUUAGAUGAAUGUUUGGAGGGUGCCAUGGUUGAAGGAGAGAUUGAAUUGCUUCAUUCGGAUCAGACAAUGUCCUCUGGCCAAGAGAGGUGGUUUUCUAAGCUGCCACCAGUGUUGACAUUUGAGCUGUCCAGAUUUGAGUUCAAUCAGUCUUUAGGGCGACCAGAAAAAAUACACAAAAAACUGGAGUUUCCCCAAGUGGUCUAUAUGGACAGAUACCUCCACAAAAAUGUUGAUCAGACCCAUGGUAGGAGAGGAGAAGUCAAGAGACUCAAGGACCAGUUAACAGUUCUACAGCAGAAACUUGAGGGAUAUAAAAACUAUGGCUCAGGGCCAACCAAAUACCCCCUGGCAGACAUGUUGCAGUAUGUGCUGGAGUUUGCCACCACUAAACCCACAAACGUGUCUCCAGCCUCAGUACCUAUGAACCCUGAACACACAGAACCCAGCUCAAGUGACAGCAGUCAAACAGAACCAGACGAUGCAGGCUCAUCAGAUGGCUCGGGCUGCCCGCAGACAGCUACACAGAGAACUCCCAUACACAAGCCUUUUACUCAGUGCAGACCCCCCAUAGAGGUGCCACUGCAACCAGCCCCUCACAGCGUGACCGAGGAAGAGCUGUACUUCGUCAGGAGCUGCUUACAGCGCUGGAGAGCAGAAGUUGAGAACACCAUAAAUGAGCUGAAAGCCAGCAUUGACAAGGUCAGCCAGGCCCUGGAGGGCAUGUACUCAGAUAACAGUCUGUGUCAGGUGCCCUAUAGGCUGCACGCUGUGCUCGUCCAUGAAGGACAGGCCUCCGCUGGCCAUUACUGGGCGUACAUCUAUGAUCAUGCUAAUAAACGCUGGCUGAAGUACAACGAUGUAAUGGUGACAGAGUCAACCUGGGAGGAGCUGGUUCGAGACUCAUACGGUGGCAUGACCAACGCCAGCGCCUACUGCCUCAUGUACAUCAAUGACAAGCUGCCAUACCUCAUAGCAGAAGACACGGACAAUGAAACAGGGCAGGUUCUGAAAGGAAUGGACUCCCUCCCGUCUAUCUUGAGGCGUUAUGUUCGGGAGGAUAACCGCUGGUUCCAGCAGGAACUGAGAGAAUGGGAAGAGCAGUUCAGCCAAGCCCAACGUGAAGAAGUGCAAGUUCAAACACACACAGAGAAAGCCGCCCCAGAAGAGCCACAGAACCCAGAGCAGGAGCCAAACCCAGAACCAGUCCAAGAACAAACAAAUGAAGCGUCCCAAGAACCACCCACAGAUUCAACACCAGCACCUGCCCAGGACAGUGAAGAGCCCAUGGCCAAUUCAACAGCUCUCAACUCGAUAUCAUCAGAGCCCUGUGAGAAUGUGGAAGAGGAAGGUGAGGAGCGUAUCGCCAGCAGCCAGACACAUGGCCCGCCAGAUGAAGAGAAGCCAGAUCAGAGUCAGCCUGUGGUGGAGUCAGCCACUACAGACAGAUCUGAGUCAGAGGUGGAGGUGGAGGAGCAGGGCAUCAGUGAUGAGGGAGGACCAGAGGCAGAGCCGGAGGCCUCAUCCACAGAGGAGAACCAGGCCACGGCCACGAGCAGCCAGCCUGAGAAUGAUGUGUCUGAGAUCGAGAUACCCAAUGUAGGCAAGAUUCUGGUGCGCUCUGAUGCCGAUGGCUACAAUGAGGAGAUGAUGCUAACACCAGCUAUGCAGGGCGUCAUUUUUGCAAUUGCCAAGGCAAGACAGGUCUUUGACAAAGACGGACCUGAAGCAGGACUCAUCAAGGCGUUCCAUGAGGAAUAUUCCAGAUUGUAUGAGCUGUCCCAGGAAGAGACCACACCCCAGCAGGACCCUCGACUCCAGCAUGUUCUGAUCUACUUUUUCCAAAACCAGGCACCUAACCGUGUCAUUGAGAGGACAUUACUGGAGCAGUUUGCAGAUCGUAACCUGAGUUUUGAUGAUCGGGCUAUCAGUAUCAUGAGAGAGGCCAGAUCUAAAAUCCGUCUCAUUAAACCAGAAGACAUGGACAUGGCUGAAUACUUGGAGCUGAAUGAGAACGCAGCCACACUCUUUAAAAGUCAAGAUGAAAAUGACGUGGCAGAGGCGGUGACCAUCAUGAAUGAGUGCAUCAUCCCUUGCAUGCACCUCAUGGUCAGAGACAGCAUCAGCCAAGAGGACUUGGACGUCAUAGAGCUGAUCAGGAGUUGCUGGUGCUCCUACCUGGGGCAGGACAUGGAUGAUUCUGUUCAGGAAAAGCUCAGUGAAUUCCUGCCCAGAGUCCUGGACUGUUCUGCAGAAAUGGUGGUCCUGAAGGAGCCCCCCAAAGUGAGGAACUCUCCCCAUGAUCUGUGCAGCCGCCUGACUGCCGUCAUGGAGUCCAUUCACAGCACCUCAGUCGUCACUGUGAAGUGAGGCAAGGUUGAAAAAAAAAAACAAGGCACAGUCACAAGGUGAUCUAUCCUCUGCCUCAGGCUGAACUGGAUUUUAUUUGCGCUGCACAAUGAAGUUUUCUGUCACACUACGGUACACAUAUUCACUGUGUUCUGAAUUCCUUCAAAGGAGAUUGAUUGGCUGCUUUCGAUCUUUGUAGGUGUUUGAUCUCAGGAAAGAUCAAAUAGCUGACAUUUUGUAAAGCCAGGUUUGUGAGAGGGCAGUGAAGGCAGAGUGAAAGAUUUUACCCUGUUCUUCUUUUCACGUGAGCUGUAGACAGCGUCAAAAUAUAGUCUUUUAUAGAGAUUUGCUGGAGCCACUUUAUUUCAGUCUACACUUAGCUGAAGAUCUUCUGUGUAUUCUUUCUUUGUACAGUAAGGUUGUCUGAUUUUCCACUCCUUUGUUCUACCCCUCUUUUACCUUUCAAUAAAAAUUUGAUUUCUCACUUUGUCGCCCUGUCCUGUGAAUUCUCUUUUUUCUUUUGUAUUU